AUGAUACUUUUUAAACGUCUAGAAACUCAGCCCACCCGUUUAGGUAUUUUUCAAGAAAUGAUCAAGAAAGCAUCAAUAUAUAGCCAUCCAUUAGUUCAUCACUUAAUGGAUCCAGGAGCUCAAAAAGAGAAGAGAGAUGAUGACAAGAAAGUGGUCGCAGAGAUCAUGGCAAGAUGUUUUGUUCCAACAUUAAUAACAACCACCUCCUGGGAGGGGUUUCGUUUUGUCGGUCAUGAGAUUCGAAUCACUGAAGCCGUGGAGUCUUACGGUGCUGUUGUUUGGCCAUCGGCCCUUGUUCUAUGCUAUUUUCUGGAAACAAAUGUAAAGCACUAUAAUAUGGUUGACAAAAAUGUGAUUGAAAUUGGAGCUGGAACAGGGCUAGUCUCCAUCGUGGCCAGUUUACUUGGUGCACACGUGACUGCCACAGACGUACCUGACCUACUAGGAAACCUGCGAUAUAAUAUUUCCCGAAACACCAAAAUGAAAUGUAAGCAUUUGCCUCAGGUUAAAGAACUCUCCUGGGGUGUAGCUUUAGAUGAGAACUUCCCCCGAUCUUCCAACAAUUUUGACUACAUCCUGGCAGCUGACGUUGUCUACGCCCACCCUUUCCUGGAAGAACUCCUCAUUACCUUCGACCAUCUGUGCAAAGAAACUACUGUCAUCCUCUGGGUCAUGAAAUUCAGGUUGGAGAAAGAAAAUAAAUUUGUAGAUAGAUUUAAGGAGUUGUUUGACCUGGAGGAGAUUUCCAGUUUCCCCAGCCUGAAUAUUAAGUUGUAUAAGGCUGUGAAGAAAGGCCGAAAGGCCGGAGGAGUGCAGGGAAAGGAAAGGUAGUUUCCAGAAGAGUGUUCCUUUAAAGAAGACCCUGGACGAUCUGAUGCAGCAAUGACUUUCCCAAGUCACUUGCCUCAUAAAACUUGCCUCACCCCUGGCAGGAAUUUUCCCAGAUAUAGCACCUGAGUCUAGGGGACGGCUAAGCCAUACUGUGUGGUCACUGGUUAAGACACUGGUUAAGAGAGUAGAUGAGGUCUACUCUCCUAAUCCCUCAA